CCAAGUUAAAAUACUAAUCGCAUAAAAAUUUCUCAACUGGAUAAAUUAACUAAGUCCGACGAAGAAAAAAUGCCUCCCAAAUUGAAAUUCACCGAAGGUGAAAAGGUGCUUUGUUUUCACGGGCCAAUUAUCUACGAAGCGAAGAUGCUGAAAAGCGCAAUCAUGAAGGACAAACAGGUGAAAUAUUUUAUACAUUACGCAGGCUGGAAUAAAAAUUGGGACGAGUGGGUUCCUGAAAACCGCGUUCUAAAGUAUAACGAGGCAAACUGUCAGCGGCAACGCGAAGUUUCGAAACUGCAUUCCCCGCUAGUGAAAAACAAGAAAAAUAGUGCAAAGGCCAAAAAAUCGGACAUCCUAAUCGGUACUGGCACUCAGAGCAAGGACAACGAUUCGCGCGCUUCAACCCCUUCCAAGGAGGUGACCAAGGAGAAAGAAUCCGUUCCUGUGUCUGUGGCUUGUAGUUCAGCGACAACGUUGUCAUCGACUGUAACUACUCCGAGCGGGAGCUCCACACCGGUUACCGGACGCAAUAGAUCUUCGCUGAAAGCAGGUGCGGCUCCGAGCGCCAGCACGUCCUCUUCGUCAUGCUCAUCAUCGUCGGACGCGAUGGUUGCAUCUUCGAGUGUUAAAGAAGUUAAAUCAAGCGAGUGCAAGGAAUCGAGCGAAGCGAAGGCAAAAGACGAAUCGGGCAGUGAGCUGAACAACAGCGCUAGAUUGAAGAAACGUGGCCGCAGCGACACCAACUCCUCGAAUGUUGAAUCGGAGGAUCAAUUUAUGUCGAAAGUAGAGGUGAAGAUUAAAAUCCCCGAUGAGCUUAAACCAUGGUUGGUGGACGAUUGGGACGCAAUAUCGCGACAAAACAAGCUUGUUGAGCUACCGGCGAAGGUGACUGUGCAGGAAAUUGUUGAUAAUUACGUUCAGUACAAAAAGCAGAGCAAGAUGACCACGGCCACGAAGGAAACGGCCGUUACUGAUAUCGGAAAUGGUAUUGUUGAAUAUUUCAACGUCAUGCUGGGUUCCCAGUUGCUCUACAAAUUUGAGCGCCCGCAGUACGCAGAUAUCAUUCAACAACAUCCCGGAGAACCGAUGGCCAAAAUUUAUGGUUCGUUCCAUUUGCUCAGGCUUUUCGUGAAACUCGGUUCGAUGCUUGCCUUCACCUCGCUCGAUGAAAAGUCUAUCCAGUCCUUGAUCGCACACGUGCAGGAUUUCCUCAAGUAUUUGGUGAAGAACAGCAGCACUUUAUUUAACAUGCAGCAUUUUGUCAAUACCAGUCCCGAGUACCAUCGUAAGGCUCAGUAGUAGGACAAAACACUUUCCUUUAGAAAUUGGGCACUUAUUUUGUGUUAUAUUAUGUGCGCAAUGUGCGUUGAACUCAACAAACUAGUUUC